AUGGAUCCGACGCUUAUAACCGAAUCAUUCCGUCAGAGUUCUCCGAUCAGCAAGCUCGCAGACGAUCUUCUUCAACAGAUUCUGAUACGCCUCCCAAACCCUAGAGUCGCCUGCCUGUGCAAACUCGUCUGCAAGCCGUGGAGCUCCCUGAUCUCCGGCCCUCGCUUCAACCGCCUCUUCGUUUCUCACCACAAAAGCAUGAGCCACGCGCCUAUGCCGGACGAUCCAUUCGAGCUUCAGUCGACGAUCUGCAGCUUCCUCCCUCCCGUGCCCACAACGGUUCGAAACAGUCUCCGAGUUUUGGAUUGCAACAAGGACUUGGUUCUAUGCGGGUUCUGGGAUCUCGAUUCCCGGAGCGGCGAAAGCAGCAGGUCGUACUUGGUCUGCAAUCCGUUCACGAAGCAGUGGAUCGCCCUUCCUUUGGCGCCCAUGAGGCAUUACCCUCAUUACGAAUCGAGGGUUUCGAGGUUAGUUUGCGAACCCCGUAUCUCCGUCGGUCUCGAUCUAGGAGAUCGUGACCGAACAUUUACGUACACCGAGCAUCGAUUCCGUGUGGUGUGUUUGUAUCAAGGCCAUAGUGGGGCCAUCACGCUAGACGUGUUUUGUUCCGAGUCUGGAGAAUGGACCAAAGAUGCAUUUUUCUGGGGCACGUGUGAUAGAAUCAGACCGAGAAGUGUAGUUUCGUGCAACGGGGAGUUGUUUUUGAAGUAUUUGAAGUAUGCUGAUGAUAAGGUGGAUGGGUUCAAUCCUUUCCGCCUCGAUAUGCCUCCCGUUUCCAUCGAUGUUUCCGCGUUCCUCGCGAAACACCGAUGGUUUAUUUCCAACUCACGAGGCGGUGCGUUGCACGUGAUCGCACUCGAGAGCGAAACACCGAUGCUUCCCGCUCGUGCGAGCGUCUGGAGGUUGGGAGAAGACCGUAAAUCUUGGAGGAAACAAUGCGAGGGGUUGAUGAUGAUGUCAUCGAACUAUGAAUUAGCCGAGGAGGGAUGUUUCGAGCCUUUUCUCCAUCCGCACAAGCCGGAACUUGUGUUCUUCAGCCGGGUUGCUCAUCGUGACUACAUGAAUGACAUGAUGUGCUGCGAUCUGGGAAGGGAAUCAUCAGAGGUCGAGUUGUUUGCUGCGCUAGAACGGUGGGAUGAUGUCCGUCACCUUCAGGUGUUCCAGCCUAGGGUUUCUUGUUGUUGGGCUACUCCAUUGAUAAUCCCAAGGUGCAAGCAGCAGCCGUUUCAAGGCGUGUGCGGUACUGGAAGUGGCGGCUUUUGGGCUGAUGAGAGCAUGUGCUGCAGCAGUGAAGCUGCUGCAGAAUGUCCAUCCCUCCACUUCCUCAAUAAUUGGUGA